UAGCCACAUAAAAAAAUAUUUCAAUGUUAUACUUGGGUCCCUAACAACUCACCCAGUUGCAGGUCUCAUGACUUUGCUUGAACAUGUCAGUAGUGGAAGCAAAACAGGGACAUUCUUAGGAACCAUGUGAAACGAGUCUGCUGGAAGAUUAUUACUUGUUUAUCCAAUAUUUAUCCAAAAGGUGGUGCUACAACCACAUAAUUUCUUCUUCCUAAACUAGAAUAUAAUAGAAUGUACCAGUAGCAAGUAGAUGGACAUAUGCAGAUUUCUAACCCACAGAGCCACACACUGCAAAAAAACGUAAGCUUUAGUACAUACUCAUGCUUUAAAUAUGUCUGUUUAAUUCCUGUAUAUCAUAAAGAUUGGAGACUUUUUGCUGCAGUUGGGUGGUUUGUGCAGUUGCAUGGUGGCUCAGUGGGUAGCCUUUUUCUCUUGCACCUCUGCAGUUAUGGGUCUGACUCCCUUCCUGUUUGUGGAGUUUACCUGUUCUCAUGGGUUUUCACUGGCUGUUCUGGUUUCCUCUUGUAGUCCAAAGACAUGCAGUCAGUCUAAUUGUUGUAUCUAAGUUUAAUGCAUGUGUACUGUCUACCAAUCAUGGGGAACAGACUCACAGUGACCCUCACCAGGAUACGUGCUUAGAAGAUGCAUGGUCAACAAUUAAUGAAGAAUAUGUACAUCUUAUGCUAAGUAUUAAAAAUGAUUUAAUAGCAUGAUAAAUAGCUCUUGCUGGCAGAAAGACAGCAUGAGCCUGCUUUGUUAUAAGCAGUGAUAUGAUCAGUGUUCUGUUACCUUAACAAAGUUUCUCUUUAUGUCGAUUUUGUCUGCUCUUAGCUCUACUGGUUUUGCUGAGUACAUUGCAAAGACCUAAUGACAGCUGCAUUGACAAUUAGAGAAAAUAAUAGGCACAGUUUUGGCGAGAUGACACACCCUGCCACCCCCAAGGCCUGGACUCUAAUGUUUUGUGGCCACUGGCUUAGGCUUUGCAUCAUAUGUUUUAAAAUGAGCAGAGUUUUGCGUCGAUGUGACUUCAUGCAUGGUUUAAAAUGAGCUCCCAGGAAGACACAGUGGAUGGCAGCCCAUCAAUAAAAUCACGGCCAGGCGUCUGUGCCCCCAAACCCAAUGACUGUGCAGAAGUUUAGUCUGGGCUUAUCCCCUGUUACAUUUGCCCCCGAUUAGCACCAAUCCCCCUGGUGCAUUCUGUACUUUGGCUGGGCCUGUUUGCAAUGCCACCGGGGUCUCUGGACUGGAAAAAAGGCCACACUGUUGGGUUUUUCCAUAAGCCUCUUUGCAGAGCUUGGCAAACACCCUUGGGGAUUACAUCAAUACAGCUGCCAUCAGACCAGCAUGCAAGGCACCAGGUCCUCAGUCGUGCAAGUCAGAGGAGCUCUGUAUAUAUGAUGUGAGGAGAAUUGUAAAAAUCUCAUUUCCCAAACCCGAUAAACUCAUGUGUAUAACAGAACUUUUUCUCUAUUGCUGUGCAUUCACAUGAAAGAGGAAACACACCUUUGUUAUGAGUAUCUGCUCCAAUGUGUGUGGGAUGGUGACACUGUUUUGAGGGGCAUCAUAUUACACAUUAAACACAUUUGGAUGGACUGCGCUGAAUGGCCACAUCCCACAUGUGUGUAUAGGUUUGAGGUUGCUGGCUAGUUGGAUUCAGUUACCAAUCGAUAGAGUGUAUAGCACUAUGUGACAUGCAUAUCAUGCUCCUGUGCUAGCUAAAGAGCAGGUGGAACAGAGGGGAGCAGUAACAUGCAGGCGGCCAUAGCCUCAAGCUUCAGGAAGGCCCCAAAUGUAGGGCAGAGUCUCUCUGCCCAUAGCAGCAACUGUCUCUGUGACGCCACAUUAUUUAUGACCUCCUAGGUCUCAGCACACAUGGGCGUAAAGACCAUGAAUCAACAGAGGAAACUGUCACACCAUUUUCACAUUCUACUUUUUAAAAUGGUUGUUUAAAUUGUACAAUAGUAUCCUGUUUUGACUGACAAGCGGCUAACAUUCUGACAGAACAAUUAUUAUUAUUAUUAUUAUUGUUGUUGUUGUUGUUCUUUUUCUUAAUGUUGUUUGAACCAGAGUCAUGCAUAAUAUAAUCAAUGAAGUUUAACCAUACAUAAUGGAAUUAAAUAGAAUAUAAAAUUGGAAUUUGUCAUGUCAUUUGAUGAAGGACCUUCCACUUUUGACUUGGCUCAGGGCCACUAGAAAUUCCCUCGCUUCUGAUGCCUGCGUUCAUUGCUCCAUGGAUAUGUAAAGCUGUUGGUUCAUGAGGAUGAAUUAUGGUUCCUGGUUUAAGCUGUUUUCGCCUGUAUUUCUGUGGCCUAUACUUUACCAGAUGGUGAGAUUUUCCACCCCUAACGUGGAGCAGGCCGGCAUGAACAUUUGUGACUGUGUCCUCUUUGCUGCCUCUCUCUUCACCCCUCACUGUUUACUCCCCGUAAUCUUCUCUUCUUUUCCAAUAGUUUUGAAAUGAUUUAUUGCUACCUUAAUAAGUCGAUGCACUUUAAUCAUUCCACACCCAUCCUGUUUCCCAUGUCUGUUAUCAUGACGAUAAAGAGGACUGUGGUGGUUAUGCUGAUGUGACAUUUAACACACUUGUGGCAAAGGGAAAGAGUUUGGCGUCUACCAGGAGCCAGCCGUCCACUGAUGUAGCUGGAUCCGGAAUCCAUAUUGAGGGAUUGAUGACUAUGAUGAAAGGAAAAACAGAGCAUGAGGCCAGUUCCACUGCAGGGUCAUUUCCAGUUUCUCAGCAACCACUUUUCCUUUUCAACAAGGCCUACGCUUGUGUGGUCCCACAAUGAGAUCCCAGUCCUGUGGUCAAACAGGUGAAAAACACAUAAAAAGUAGCAGUAUUUCAGUUGUGCAAAAUAAGAAUUAAAUUUCCCUUCAUUUCAACCUAGGAAGAAGUAAUUCAGCUGUAACAUGCAAUGUUACUGUUUGAGUAAAAUACAAAAAAAUUGACUUAUUAACACAGUUUGGGGCAAGGGGGAACAUUUACCCCCUAAUGUUUAAUUUGAUUUAAUAGCUGUGCUGGCCCUCAAUAUCAAACUCUCUCCUAUACCCUUGAAUACAGUUGAUGAAAAUGAAAGUAAUUAUUUAUGUUUUACUAAAGUAAUGUCUUUUGCCAAGUGUAAAUAUGCUGUUUUCUGAAUUUUUCCAUUUACUACAUUGAAAUUUGACCUGCCACACUCAGCUCAAUUAAAAGCAUUUUCCAGCUGGACAGUCAGUCUGUAGCAUGUGCACAUGCACGCUUGUGCAUUGGAGUUCUCCCCUGUUUCCCUAGGCCCUACUUCACAAAUUCACAUUAACUCCAUGACUUGAAAGUGGUAGCAACCACACUCACCACUGGCCACUGUCAGUAUCCCUGUCGCCCUGCUUGUUUUGGCAGAUGCUUUUUCUGGCACUGGGUCCUACUUCUACCAGGCCAACUGUAGCUGGCAGGUCAUGGCACUGCCUUGCCUGUUCUGCUGACAGGAUGGUCUUGCCAUGAGAUGAUGCCAUUGCAGAGAAAUCCAGGCUAAUUCCGCUUAUUCUGUGGGGCAGGUAUAUAUAGAGCAGCCAGCAGGAGUAGUGGGACACUGUGACAAGGUUUUGUUCCCUCCGCCCUGUUCUCCUGUGCUCUGAACCUCGAUUUACUUUGUCAUUUCUGCUCCAGAAACACUAGCGUGCAGAGCCAAGCUAAAGCCGAACACCAUGGAAAUCGCAAUCCAGAGCCCCUGGUUCCACCGUGCCCUGAGCCCCUUCUAUCUUUUUGACCAAUUCUUCAGAGAGGGCCUCUUUGAUUAUGACCUCUUCCCGUUCUCCUCCUCCACCAUCAGCCCAUACUAUAGACAUACAUUCUUCCAGAAUCUGGAGUCCUUCAAUUCUGGAAUCUCUGAGGUGAGGUCUGACGGGGACAAGUUCACAGUCUGCCUGGACGUGAAGCAUUUCUCCCCCGAGGAGCUGAGUGUCAGGGUGGAGGAUGGCUGUUUGGAGGUAAAGGGCAAGCACGCUGAGCGGCGGGUAAGAAGCCAACUCGUCACGACCCCUGGGGAGGAUGAGUGUUGCGGUUUCUCACCCGUUUAUGAAAUUAAGGCCUUCUGACAUUCUCAGAGAUUUAAAAUGAUCUUCACAUAUGAGGCAUCCGGGAAAUGGCUGUUUGUCCCUGGACUUAGGUCUGAGUCAUGCCUGCAGUGAGAAGGACGUUCUUACAUUCGGCACUUCAGGCAAAAUGUUGCCCUGCCGAUGGACGUUUAUGCAGGACCAGAGCGGUUUGGAAUAGGGUUUAUUUUGUCGGCUGAAUUUCCAAAAGGACCACAUUCAGAUACAGUAUGUUCUGUUUUCUCCAGGAUAUCUUUGAAGUGUUCCAUAUGUACUCUGACCUUGAUUUCUUAAGAGUGUACAGUGUGUGUGUGCAUGUGUGUUACAGACCAUCUCAUGGGGGAGUCUGUAGAAGGGUAAAUAUUUCACGGGAAGUAUUGUCGUCAUGGCCGUGACCUCUGGACCAGCAUGCUAGGGCUGUGCCUGGAAGCAAAUAAAACCUGACAUAGGAACUCCCAAAGACGCAAAUUACCAACCACGCGAAUGACUCCUCCGCAGGCGGGAAUCGAGCACAAUGAAAGCUCUGUCACUAGUAACUGGAUUUUGUACCGUACAAGGUAAUCAGUGACGCCAGCUGUAAAAUCUCAGGAUGACCAUGGGUUCAUCUGCCGGGAGUUCCAUCGCUGCUACCACCUGCCCCUCAAUGUGGAGCAGUCAGCCAUCUCUUGGACACUGUCUUACAAUGGACACCUGACAGUCUGUGCACCCAAGGUCUUCAUGGCAGCAGAGUCCCACCGCAACAUCCCUGUCACCCAUGGGGACAAGCCAAAUUCUGCUGUCUCCUCAGGUGGAGAGGGCCAGGAGCUAAGGGGGGUGAGGGGCACCAGUGGGUGCUUUUGAAGGUCUUGGUUUCAGAAAGACAAACAAGGAAGCUAGACUAUGCCUGAGAGGCAGGGUAUGUCUCCAAUUGCUCAUCUUCAUUAGUUUACCUUUUCUCUUCCUUCACAUCCCAUUCACCUCCUCCUGAUGUCAGGCUCUGUCAUGGAUAUCACAGAUACGACCUGCUUCUUAUGUUCUCUUUAUAGUGACAUGAUUACCAUUAAUGAGAGCAGUGGGAAUGGGUGGAGACGGAUGCUCUUUGAGAUCAAAGAAAAGUAAUAGAGAAUGACAUCACCUAGUCCAGGCAUCGUUUCACAAGGUUAUCAUAACUUUGGUCUUUGGGCAGCUACUAUUCUGCCUGAAGUGAAGUCAGAAUAAAAUGCUUGAAAAAGGAGACUUAUAGAUGCCUUUUUGAUAGCGGAAAAUGGGAAUGGAGAGUCUGAGGUAGGGAAAGCAUGAUAAAUCUCUCCUGUUUUGUAGUUAAUGCUUUGUAAUCUGGUAUCCUUUCAUCAAAGUCUACUAAACAUUAAAUAAAGCUGCUAAAGUAA